CAUGUUGACAGUAACAACAAUACAAUUUAUAUAUGGCAAGAAGAGACGAAAACCUGUUUAAAAGACUACGAUAAACCCUAAAAUAUCAGUGAAAAAUGUCAUAUAGAGACUUGCGAAAUUUCACGGAGAUGAUGAGAGCUCUUGGCUAUUCUAGACUUAUUUCAAUGGAAAAUUUCAGAUCACCAAACUUCACUCUUGUUGCUGAAGUCCUGAUUUGGCUUGUAAAGAGGUAUGACCCUAAUGCAGAUAUGCCAACAGAUAUUGAUACUGAACAAGACAGAGUGAUUUUUAUAAAGUCUGUAGCUCAGUUUAUGGCAACUAAAGCUCACAUUAAAUUGAAUACAAAACGUCUCUAUGGUGCAGAUGGUUAUGCUGUAAAGGAACUCUUAAAGGUCACGUCGGUUUUGUAUGAUGCCAUGAAAACGAACAUCUUAGAGGAUGUAGAUGAUUCAUCUUUAAAUUCAGUUUCAUUUGACAUUUCAUCAAGGAUUAAUGAACUGAAACAAUGUCGAAUACUUGCAUCAGAAAUUACAUCUAAAGGAGCAAAUUUAUACGAUCGUCUAGGACGAGAAGUCGACUUACGAGAAAUGAGAUUGUCAGCUAUUGCAAAACCUCUCGAAUUAAAUGAACUGGAAAAUGGCAUCAGUGGAAGUAUUGUUAAUAUAAAGGAUGACAUUAAAAAGACAAAGCAUAUGUUGGAUAACAUUGCUUCGGAUGAAGCUAACCUCGAGGCAAAGAUAGAUAAGAAAAAAGCUGAAUUAGAGAGAAAUCAGAAACGUUUAAAGAGUUUGGAAAGUGUUCGACCGGCAUUCAUGGAUGAGUAUGAAAAAAUGGAAGCAGAAUUAAAGAAUAUAUACGAGGUUUACAUUGAGAAAUAUAGAAAUCUUACUUAUCUUGAACAUUUAUUUGAAGAGGUCAAUCGAACUGAGCAGAACAAGUUCGAGGAACAUGAAGCAAAUCUUCGUCAACUUCAAGAUCGUAUCAGAGAUGAAGGGAAAAGGUCAUUACAAUCCGAGACAUUCAACAGUCUUGAUGACUUUGUUGGUGAUGAUGAUGAUGAUGAAAAUGAAGUUAUCAUGAAUACAAGUGGAAGGCAGCCACUGGGAGCAAAAUCAGGUGGUCCUCGUGUGGUUGGAUCGAUGGCUGGAGGGGAUAUGUCCGAUGAGGAUAACAGCUCAUUGUCUUCUGGGGACAGCGAUAUAAGAAUAGAUGACGAGGAUUUAGAUGAUAUUAAUGAUGGCGAAAGUGCAUCACAGGAUGGGGAAAGUUUAAAUGAUAGUGGUGAUGAUUUUUAAAUUCCAUCUUGAUCACCAUCUUUAUGUGUCAAAACCACUUGUCAAAACAGUCAUUUUAUAUCAACAUGAGGUAGUGUUUUACAACUAGGUUUGUCAGUCCGCAAGAAAGCUGGUUUGUAUAUAAUACUGUUACAUAUUUUACUUUGAACACAGUCAAAUUAGCGUAAAACAGAGUCUUAUUAAAGUUAAACCACCCAUCUGA